AUGGCGGACAAGUACAAGGGCUGGGUCGUCGAAAAUGCCCAUAAGCCAGCUUUUCGAACAGUCUACCAGGGCCGACUCGGAUGUUCAGAUAUGCACAGGCUAUCGAAGGCUACUUUGCUGGAGAUCGCGCUGAACUUUGACCGAAGACAUCAUCCUCUGUCUCUGAGCGAUCCCGACAUCAAGAACAAGAUCAAUGCAGCACAGCUAGCUGAGGUGCAACAACAGGUGGAAAUCGCGAAGCUGAAGAAGAAGGGCAUAAAGACAGAUGCAGGAGGUACGGGACAGAACGACAAGGAGGCGGCAGCAGGUUCGGAACAAGUACAGAAGACGGAGACUACGACAGCGUGGCCUGGAAAGGGCAAAGCGCGAGGUCAAGACGGAGAGGCAACCUCGGACAACAGCGCAGCAGCGGACCUAGGUCAAGAUGGACAUGUGCGUAUGGCGGGAGAUGAGGAUGCGGCGGAGGCAGCACCACCGGUCGAUCUGACAGCCGAGGCGGUCCCUAGUCCGGUCGACGACAAGCGCAAGCGCAAGCGUACUGACACAGUGAGUUCAUUCGACACCGAGCGGGCCGGCAACGUGCGACCGCAGACAUCGUUAAUCGUGAAGUUGAAGUUGCGGGGCAGUGCCAGGGUUGGGACUCGCGGCAUGCAGACUACAACCCAAGUAAGCAAAACCGAGUGCGACAUGAUAACGGCUCUUGCUAACGACUAUGCUCAGGGUCUCGGUCUUCAUCAGGGUCAGAACCAGGUUGCUGAAGACACGCGGCCAGUGAAGGCCCGGCGCCUUGUCGACAAGCCAGGUUCGAGGCUACAACAUGGUUUGGCACCUCCUCUUGCGCUGGCAAAACCCCUGGAAAGCGGCAAGAAAGACUCGGGCGAUGCAGUCGCUAGAGGAAUGGGCGAUGUCUUCGGUAGCGCCGAUCCCGCCAACGCACUUGAGCAACGUUCGUCUCGUCGUCAACCGCAACGUAUGAAAAAGAAGAAGGCUAGCGUGCCAGUCGGCGACACAUCGGAAGAGACCAAGGAGGCAUCCGAAGGAGAUCCGAAAGACACUGUGGCCGGUCAAGACGUUAGUGAGAAGCUCGACUCGGACGCUGGUUCUCUUGCGGAGGAGGACGACCCCACAUGGCCUAAAGACGAGAACGGAAAACCCAAAAUAUUCGGAUCGGAUGGUACCAUUGUUUGCUACCUCUAUGAGGAGACCGAAGAGGAGGAGAAGCUGUUCCCUUAUAAUUGGCUGAACGGGCCUGAGCGCAUGCGUCGAAAUGAAAGGCAAGCGAGGCGAAGGAGAGCGCAGGCUGAGAAGGAAGCUGCAGCCAGGGGCGAGGAGUACGUGCCAAAGCCGAAGAAAGAGCCGUAUGACUGGACCAAGCACAUGUAG